CCCCCCCCUCCCCCUCUGCGAAGCUUCGCCCCUGCCCUUCUCCUCCUCUCGCUUUUGCUGAUUCGCUAGCUCCCUUGCUUCUCUCGCUCCGUCGCCCUCUCGCUCUCUCGCCUCUCACUGCUGUGCUCGGUCGCUCGCCCUCGCGGCCGGUGGCUCGCUUUCUGUCGCUCACUGCCUCUCUCUCGCCCUCUCGCUUCGUCGCAGUUUACAUUUCGCCUCAGGUACGACACUGUUGACAUGGCGUCUCUCAGCCUCAACACCAUCAAAGUUCAUCAAGCUCGAGCCGCCAUUAACAGACUUCACAUCAUCUUCCACCUCGCAGCCACCCUAACCCUACUUCACUACAGGGUUUCAACCCUCUUCCAUGGCGACGUCCCCCUUUUUGCAUGGGGGCUGAUGACCACCUCGGAGUCCAUUUUCGCUUUCUUCUGGCUCCUUUCGCAGGCUUUCCGGUGGCGGCCGGUCACCCACGCCAGCCGUCUGGAGAACAUCCCCGGGGACGCCGAGCUCCCGGGGGUUGACGUGUUUGUCUGCACGGCCGAUCCUAAGAAGGAGCCGACGGUUGAGGUGAUGAACACGGUGCUGUCGGCCAUGGCCCUUGACUACCCGCCAGAGAAACUGGCGGUGUAUCUCUCCGACGACGGCGGUUCUUCCUCGACGUUCGUGGCCAUUAAGGAAGCUUGCUUGUUUGCACGGUGCUGGAUCCCGUUUUGUAGAAAAUAUGGCGUGAAGACUAGAUGUCCUGAAGCUUACUUCUCUUCUUAUGGGGGUAAUGAACGUCUUCUUCGCAGUGAUGAAUUCAAAGAAGAGGAAAUAAAUAUAAAGGAAAAAUACGAGCUAUUCAAGAAAAAUGUGGACAAACCCAUUGGUACAGAAGAUUUUGCUUUUCACGAUCAACCACCUCGAGUUGGGAUAAUUCAUGAUAAUAAAAAAGAUGAAUUGGACGACGACAAGAUUCCUCUUCUCGUGUAUAUGUCUCGUGAAAAAAGGCCAUUACAUCCUCACCAUUUUAAGGCGGGUGCUCUCAAUGCCCUUCUUAGAGUUUCUGGGCUGAUGAGCAAUGGCCCCUAUUUACUAGUUCUAGAUUGUGACAUGUACUGCAAUGAUCCAACCUCAGCCAAGCAAGCCAUGUGCUUUCAUCUGGACCCUGAGGUCUCUCCUUCUCUUGCAUUUGUACAGUACCCUCAAAUCUUCUACAAUGUUAGCAAGAAUGACAUCUAUGAUGGCCAAGCAAGAUCAGCUUACAAGACAAAGUGGCAAGGCAUGGAUGGGCUGAGAGGCCCCAUGCUCACUGGCACUGGCUACUACUUGAAGAGGAAGUCUCUGUAUGGAAGCCCGAAUAAUCAAGAGGAUGUUUUUCUUCAUAAUCCAGAAAAUAAUUCUGGUUUGUCAAGCAAGUUCAUUGCUUCAUUGAAGGGUACAAGUGAGCAUCACACAAAUGGUGAAGGGCUCUUACCAGAUACAGUCCUCGAGGAAGCUAGGAACUUGGCUUCUUGCACCUUUGAGAAGGGCACAAAAUGGGGUAAAGAGAUAGGUUAUUCCUAUGAUUGCUUGUUGGAGAGUACAAUCACCAGCUAUCUUCUGCACACUAGAGGCUGGAAAUCUGUGUAUCUCUACCCAGAAAGGCCAUGUUUCUUGGGUUCCACCACCAUUGACAUGAAAGAUGCCAUGGUUCAACAAAUGAAAUGGAGCUCAGGGUCCCUUCAACUUGGUCUUUCAAGGCUUAGCCCUCUCACAUAUGGCAUCUCCAGAAUGUCCACUCUCCAGAGCAUGUGCUAUACCUACUUCACAUUGGUGGCCAUCCAAUCCUUUGCUUUCUUGCUCUAUGGAACUGUCCCUCAGUUGUGCCUUCUCAGUGGCAUUCCAUUGUAUCCCAAGGUUUCCGACCCAUGGUUUGGAGUGUUUCUAAGUCUAUAUCUAUCCUCCCAUUGCCAGCAUUUAUAUGAAGUCCUGUUCACUGGCGGCUCGCUGAGGACAUGGUGGAAUGAGCAAAGAAUUUGGAUGAUAAAGUCAGUGACAGGAUGCUUGUUUGGCUGCCUAGAUGCCCUAAUGAAGUGGGUAGGCAUAGCCAAAGUGAAUUUCAGGCUGACAAACAAGGCCAUUGAUCAAGAAAAACUUGUGAAGUAUAAGAAAGGGGAAUUUGACUUCAAAGGAGCUGAGUUGUUCAUGGUGCCCUUGGUGAUGCUUGUUAUGUUGAACUUGGCUUGUUUCAUUGGCGGAGUGAGGAGGGUAAUUGCUGAGAGCAAUUUGCAGGAGAUGUUUGGGCAAGUGUUUCUUUCAUCCUUCGUCCUUGUUCUCAGUUAUCCCAUACUUGAGGGGUUAAUACCAAAGAAAGACUCAGACGGUUUGAAGACGACGUUUUCAUUUAACAAAUUUAUUGUUGUAUCCAUAUAACAACAAUUAGCGCCGUGUAUGAGAAACGUCCAAAAAGCCUAUGAGUAUUACAACAACUUUUACUCAAUCUCAAGCCGUAUGAAGCGUCAAUUGAGAAAAAAUGCAUUACACGUGUACAAUAAUCUCAUUAACGGUACGUCAAUUAGUUUAAUAUUUUUCGCACUUGCUAUCGUUUCAUUUUUCAAUUAUUAUUUUAUGUAAAAAGAAAAAAUAAUUAAAA